CCGCGCGCCUCGGAGGGGACGGGCGGGCGGCUGCUGAGUAAUCCCCGCGGCGGCUGGAGGCGGCGGCCUGGGCGCCCACAUCCCCCGCCGCGCUGCAGCUGGACCCGGGCUCCUCCCUCCGCGCCCCGCCCGCCGCGCCCCUCCCCCGCGCCCGCUCCGGCGCGCUCCGGGCAGGUAGAGCCGGGCUCCGGGCGCGAGCGGGGGCCGCAGCAGCUGCUACCCCACCUCGCCUCGGCCCUGCGCAGAGCCUCGCGCGCCCAUGGCUGGCUCGGAGCAGCAGCGGCCGCGGCGGCGGGACGACGGAGACUCGGCGGCGGCGCCCCUGCAGGACGCGGAGCUGGCCCUCGCCGGCAUCAACAUGCUGCUCAACAACGGCUUUAGGGAGUCGGACCAGCUUUUCAAACAAUACAGAAAUCGUAGCCCAUUAAUGAGUUUUGGAGCCAGCUUUGUCAGUUUUUUGAAUGCCAUGAUGACAUUUGAGGAAGAAAAAAUGCAGUUGGCAUGUGAUGACUUAAAAACCACAGAAAAGCUGUGUGAAAGUGAAGAGGUUGGAGUCAUUGAAACAAUCAAGAAUAAAAUUAAGAAGAAUGUUGAUGUCCGAAAAUCCACCCCCUCUAUGGUUGACCGGCUUCAGAGGCAGAUAAUCAUAGCUGACUGUCAAGUUUACUUGGCUGUGCUCUCGUUUGUAAAGCAAGAAUUGUCAGCAUACAUAAAAGGUGGGUGGAUCCUUAGGAAAGCCUGGAAGAUUUACAAUAAAUGCUAUUUGGACAUCAAUGCCCUCCAAGAGCUGUAUCAGAAGAAGCUAACGGAAGAGCCCUUGACUUCUGACGCUGCAAAUGAUAAUCACAUUGUGGCUGAAGGGGUGUCUGAGGAGUCUCUAAACAGACUGAAAGGUGCUGUGAGCUUUGGAUAUGGCCUUUUUCACCUUUGCAUAUCCAUGGUGCCCCCAAACCUGCUCAAAAUCAUCAACCUGCUGGGUUUUCCUGGAGACCGCCUACAGGGGCUUUCUUCACUGAUGUAUGCAAGCGAAAGUAAGGACAUGAAGGCCCCUUUAGCUACAUUAGCGCUGCUCUGGUAUCAUACUGUGGUCCGCCCGUUUUUUGCCCUGGAUGGCAGUGAUAACAAAGCAGGCCUGGAUGAAGCGAAGGAAAUCCUUCUCAAAAAAGAAGCUGCUUAUCCAAAUUCUUCCCUCUUUAUGUUUUUCAAGGGACGCAUACAACGAUUAGAGUGUCAAAUCAACAGUGCCUUGACUUCCUUCCAUACUGCUCUGGAACUUGCAGUAGACCAGAGGGAAAUCCAACACGUGUGUCUGUAUGAAAUUGGUUGGUGCAGCAUGAUAGAGCUGAAUUUCAAGGAUGCGUUUGACUCCUUUGAGAGGCUAAAAAACGAGUCCCGGUGGUCCCAGUGCUAUUACGCCUAUUUAACCGCAGUUUGUCAGGGAGCCACCGGUGAUGUGGACGGGGCACAGAUUGUCUUUAAAGAAGUUCAGAAACUCUUCAAAAGGAAGAACAAUCAGAUUGAACAGUUCUCAGUGAAAAAGGCAGAGAGGUUUCGGAAACAAACCCCAACCAAAGCGCUGUGCGUGCUGGCGUCCAUUGAAGUGUUGUACUUGUGGAAAGCCCUCCCCAACUGCUCCCUCCCCAACCUACAGAGGAUGAGUCAAGCUUGCCAUGAAGUGGAUGAUUCAUCUGUCGUUGGAUUAAAGUAUUUGUUUCUUGGUGCCAUACACAAAUGUCUAGGGAACUCAGAAGAUGCUGUCCAGUUCUUUCAGCGAGCUGUUAAAGAUGAGUUGUGUCGUCAGAAUAACUUAUAUGUUCAGCCAUAUGCUUGCUAUGAACUUGGCUGUCUUCUGUUAGACAAACCAGAGACUGUAGGAAGAGGCAGAAGUCUCCUUCUUCAAGCAAAGGAGGAUUUCUCUGGCUACGACUUUGAAAACAGAUUGCACGUCCGCAUCCAUGCUGCUCUGGCUUCGAUGAGGGAAUUGGUUCCUCAGUGACAGACCCGAAGUUCCCGCUCUGUCCCUCCCCACACAGGUUCUGCACUUUAAAAGUAGAGGACACAGCUCUUAUGAAGAUCAGCUUUUCUUCUGAAAACCACCUGGGCCUGGGACACAUUUUCUCAGUUAGGUUGAUGUAUUAAAGAUCUCCUCUUUUAAACACAUAGCUAAAAAGUAAUAAUGAUGAUGAUAAUAGUAAUAAUAACUAACCACCUGGGGAGAGGGUUAAGUGACCUUGUUCAAACAUUUUAGUUUUGUGAUUUAUUAUUUUUUAAAUAAAAUUCAACUAAAUAUUCAACCUGCAAUCUUGUAGGAAUGCCUACUUGAAGCACACAUCUGACUGGGUAACACUAAGAGGUACCUGUAAAAUUAUUAACAGUAUCACGACGUAGCACUUAUAUCGUGUUUUGAAAAAAUAAAAGUGCUUUCUCGUGUUUUACUUUAUCCUCAAACUGUUUCUGAGAAUGACAUAGCACAGAUGUUUCCAUUGUCCAGACAAUGAAACUCAGGCACAAAAACGGCUAAUUGACUUAUCGCAAUUAAUUAUUCCUGUUAUUAUGGAGUAAUGAAUAGAAUGCAAGUCUCCUGACCACAGACCGAAUAUUCUUUCAUUGUAAAAUAUAUAUAUAUAUGUUAAUAACCAGGAUUCCAUGUUUUCUUAUUAAAAAACAAAUACUCUUCAGCUGAAGUUGUCAUCCUUAUCUCCAGAUGGUCUACAAAAAUGUUUCAAAGGACAGACACUUAUUCCUUUGACAGCCAGUCAAGUGAAAGCAAACAGAAGAUUGUUUUACAACCGAAAGUAUAGCUAUUUUGCUAAUUUAUUAGAAGACCUAGUCUAUAGACUGGAUAAAUAAUACCUACAUUUUUGGUGUUUCCUUUUCUUUAUGAUAAAUUGUCUAAUUACCAAUUUUUGGAAAUCUUUCAACAAAUUACUUGAAAAGGUUAUUCUUGAAUGAACAUAGAUUCUUUUGCCUCAGAAUAUUUGCUGAUGAAGGAUUCACUGGACUGUCUAUUGCCAGGACUUAAUCAUUUUCCCCUUAGCUCAGGUUAUUGAUAUUGGAAACAGAGUUCAAAGUUAUUUUUUAAUCCUUCGUUGCUAAUUUUUAUUGUCACCUCAUUUACCUCUUUGUUCAGUACUGCACACCUGUGGUUUUGAAGACUCUAUAUACCUCAGUCACUUAAGAAUUUCUGUCAUAAUUGUGUGCCUAACCUGGCUCAAAUCUUAAGGUUAGAUAUUUCUUAAAAUUUACGUUGCAAUAAAGAAUAUCAUCUUGGGGUGUCAUUUAUUUACAUAUCCUUUUAGCUGAAGUAUGAUCUCAUGCGACGUCAGUACUUUAAAAUAUUUCUCUUCAAAACAGACAUGGAAGGAGCAGCUAGAAUGUUGGCAGCCUCAAUCUACUUCAUCUGGUAUUGAGGGAAUAAUAACUUCUUCAAAAGAAAUGAUUAUUCCUCAUUGAUUUUGGCUAAUCUAUCUUCAUGUUUUCUCACUUCCAAAAUGCUUAUUAACAUUGACUUUCUUUCUAGCCUGACUGCUGCAGGGAUUUUAGAUGCUAGCCAGAGAGAAAAGAUUUCUGUCCUACUUUCAUGAACGGGAAGACCCAGAAGUCAGGUAUCAACAGAUGCCUUCGGAAAGGAAAAAUUUACGUCUAAAAAUGUUAGAUACCGGGUUUCAUCAAGGCUGAAGGGAAGAAUGUUAUGAAUCUUUAAAAUAUGGCUCUUGCCAUGUUGUUGUCUUUUUGGCUCUAGUGUAUGUGGCAAACUUCUCAGUUAUGGUUGUGGAACACUUAGAAUCACGAAGUUUUUGCUCCAGCGUUCAUACUUAAUUGAAUUUUCAGUUCAAAUGUUGCUUGAACUAUUUUUCAGUAUUGAGAGAUUACAUAAGGCCCCAUACUUCAGAAUUUUUUUUAAAAUUCCUAUAUUAACUGCUUUAAAAACUUUUAUUUCUCCAGAGAGAUUUCAGGAUUUCAAAUAAGUUUGUGUUCAGUUCACUUAACUGAACACACACCAUUAGAACACCAUCCAGUAAGUCUUUGUUAAUAGUAUGUUUAUAGGACAGGUGCAUUUAUAAACUGUCUCUUCUAGGUUUGAUGCAGGCUAGCCCCUGUGGUUUUUCUGGGAACCUGGUGGUAAAGCACGGAGAAGGGGUAGACAGUGGUUCUGAAGACUCUAAAAUAACAAAACCACGCUGUGAGUACACUGUACUGUUAGAUUCACUGAAAUCUGAGUACGUGUUUUUUAGUUGAGUAAUUCAUAACGGUUCUGGCCUUCGUGCUAUGACUUAUCCAACCUGUGAAUUACUGUGAUCUGUCUGGAAAACUAGUUUGGUGUAAAUUGCUCUUUACCCCUCGCUGAUGAAGAAAAUAAUCAUAUAAGCAGAACUAUUUGCAUCUAUGUGUGCUUUUUUAUGUUGGCAUUACUUCUUCCCCUUUUCCUGUUUUGGAGGCUGUCAAAUGGAUCUUCUAAUUUGUACGUGUCAGAUAUAUUUUUGUAUUAGACUGUGCCUAUGAUGAGAGAAAUCCCUAACGUGUAUUUUAUGUACUCGGAACACAUUUAUAAUUUGACGCACCUUGAGGCAUCGUCUAGUACUAAUCAUGUAAUAUGCAUCUUUGUGAUUGAUGUGUUUAAGAUUUUACUUUUACUGGGUUAGGUAUCUUUUUGAUUUCAGCACGUGAUAGCUAAGUAUUUGAGUAAAGAGUUAUUACUUUCAGAUGUGACAGAAAAUCAGAAUAUUUAUUGUCUCGUAUAAGUCAAUUAUUUAGAGAAUUUGCACUUUUUUCCUUCUGCCAACUCAGAGGACAAUGCAUACAUGAUUUUUAAAAUA